AUGGAAUCUUCAUCGAAUCCGUGCGAUAGAAAUGCGAAUGCUCCUGCGUUGUCCAACAACGACAAAGACAGAGCGUGCUCGACAGAACACAGAGAACAUAUCCCAGGUUCUGACCAACCAGACCAAGCCGAUGUCCAAAAUGAGCCUGAACUACAUUGGCGAACCUAUUGCGCGCUGUUUGCUCUUAUCAUAACCAACUAUGUUGCCGUUAUUUCGCUUCAGGCACCCCCAGCGGUAUUAAAUUAUAUUGGCUCCUCUUUGGGAUCGACCGAGCACCAAGCCUGGAUCAUCAAUGCCCCCAACCUCGUAUGCGCUGCAGUAGGCCCAAUCUUAUCAUCUGCGUCCGAUAUUUUCCAGGCAAGAAAGCACAUAUUGCUUGGUGGAUGUGCAAUGGGUGUUAUAGGCUGUGCUAUCGUUCCGGGCUCAAAGGAUAUCUACAGAGUCAUCGCAGGCCAGACUAUCGUUGGCUUCGGCUAUGCAACUACGCCACUCCUUUAUGCUAUCCCCAGUGAAAUUCUCCCUAAGAAAUGGAGGCCGAUUGCACAGGCCAUUGUCAACGUUGCAGCAGCUAUUGCUUCGAUUACAGGUCCGUUAGCUAUUGGUGCAUUGACGAGGCGAGAUAUGAUUAACGGUUGGCGAAGAUUUUGGUGGAUUGAGAUGGCUAUGUGGGCAGCGUCCCUACUCUCUCUAUUGUUUGGGUACAACCCACCUCGCAGGGAAACAGCUUACGAAUCGCCUCUAUGGUAUCAGAAGCUCGCAAAGCUUGAUAUUCCGGGCUCGAUCCUCCUCACUGCAUCAUCAACCCUACUACUCGUUGGCCUUGGACUUGGUGGUUCGAACUCAAGCUGGACUAGUGCUCGCACACUAUCUACUCUUAUCAUUGGUGGCGUGCUUGGAGUGAUUUUCGGUUUCUAUGAAUGGAAAGGCACGACUACAGGCAUUUUGCAUCACGAGCUGUUCCUUCCCGGCAAGGAUAAUGGACGGACUUUUGCCUUGUGUAUUGCACUUUUCGGUGUUGAGGCCAUUCUGAUUGUCAGCUUUAUUGUAUUCUACCCCCUUCUGACGCAAGCACUAUACGAGACGGAUGUUUUCCUACUAGUGGCACGUUCGAUGCCUUACUGGGUCGCUGCAGCUUUUGGCGCACCAUUCUGGGGAUAUCUAAGCACUCGAUUUCGGACCAUCAAAUGGCCCAUGAUCUGUGGUUUCAUUAUCUGGGGCGUGGGUACUAUCGGCCUGGCAACUCUCCAGCCCAAACAUGAUUUCAACGCCAUGGCCUUCGCAGCCGUUUCGGGAUUCGGGUUUGGUGCUCCGCUCGUCAUGAUCGUAACUGGAGUGCAACUCUCUGUUCCACACCACUUGAUCGCGACCGCGACGUCCGUGGCCACGUCGUCGCGCGCACUGUGCAACACCACCUUUACUUCUAUCUACGUCGCUAUUCUUACCUCGAGGCUAUCCACUUCUAUUCCGCGCCAUGUGCCCCCUGCAAUCAUUCUCGCGGGUCUUCCCAUAGACUCCGUUGCAGGUUUCAUGGCGGCUUUGGCUAGUGGCCAGCUGUCGGCCCUAACGUCUCUGCCGGGAGUCACUCCCGCUGUUAUUGAAGCAGGAGUUGCUGCAUACAAGCAGGCCUAUGCUGAUUCUAUACGCGUACUGUACAUCAUAACAGCUGCGAUAACAGCAGUAGCGACAAUUGCUGCGGUAUUCAUCAGCAACAUGAGAGAACGCAUGACUAACCGCAUUGAUGCUCCAGUUGAAGAAGUACUUUCGAAGGGGACGACGCAUUGUGAAACUGGGCUUGAGAAAAGCUAA